GUAUAUGAGCUCCAUCAAAACCAGUAACGUUAAAUUAACUCGAACAGGAUGACACACACAUUGAGUUUAGCCUAAUCAAACCCUUACAAAAAGAAGUCAUGAGCUAAAAUACUUCUGUAGGGUUUAAUUUUGGUUAAUAUCAAAGAUCCAAGAAGCCAUGUGUGUCGCAGUAUGUUGCACCUCCUAUGGCACGUCUAGGCUGCUGGAUGUAAGAUUUUAAUGUGACAGCAAAUCAAUUUGAUCAUAUCCUGAGAUUAUUGUGGGUACUGGGGGUCUUUAAAUUGAUUUUAAGUAUUUGCUGGGUCGCCAGUGGUCCAAAUAAUCAUGUUCAACCAUCUGAUCUCCAGCUACCCUGCAGUAUUCAAUCCCUCCCACAUAGGGCGGUUGUGGUUCCUCCGGUAUAAUAAAGCUACAGAUAUUUUGGCCCAUUUUAGCCAUUUUUUUGAUGGCAAUAUCCUACACUCCACAUGAACAGAAAAUCGCGAUAUUAUCCAUGGCUAUUUAUCCAAAUUCUAGUAAACAGGUAUUGUGUGAUAAGUCUUUAUUUCAGUCAACAAAGGCCGCCCUGAUACUAGGAGGUGAAACGAGUUCAGUGCUCGGCUGUGGAAGCGGCGGUGCUGCUCCUGUGUUUGUCGCUAGAUGGCAGGAGAAGACCAGUUUCUUGGCGAGGGGAUUAACGGGGUCGUGCACCGUGCUGCAGCCUGCUUUAUUUUGUAAUAUAAUAUCAAGUACAAACCAUGAGAUGGCAUUCAAAGGGAAAGCGGUCGAGUCGAAGGCCGUGCUCUUCAAUCUGCUACUGUGUCUGGUCAUAUUUUACUCCCUUUUCUACAUGAUUGGGAGUGUGUGCUUCGGUGCUUUCAGGUUGGAUCACUUUGACGGACUGAUUCCAUUUGACUUUAAGACCGAACCUGCUGAAUCCAACUCCAAGUACUUGGUGAAUCUCCUGUCCAUGGAGCUCACCUACUUUUGCAGCGGCCUUCUGUUUGCCGCAGUGGUGAGGAGGCGAGUUUGGGACUACGCCGUCACAGUCACACUUGUGCAUAUAAUGAUCACCAGCCUAGUGAUGUUGGAGUUUCCCAUGGUGUGGCAGUGGUGGCUGGCUUUAGGUAGCGGCUUGUUUCUGAUGAUCUGCAAUGGUCAGCUGAUUGCUUACUUCACCUGCCAGAGUGACCAGAGCUACGCCUCCUUCAGCCUCUACUGAAACUUGGUCUCUACUGAGACAGAAAGCUACUCUGUGUAUUAGCUGUUUCAGUCAGUCUUGUGAAGUGAGGUAGAAAAGAUGAGAACAGAUGUUCUCUUCCUGGAGACACCAUUAGAUUCUCCUCAGUGAUGGGCUUUUUCUGUUUGUCACUAAAAAAAAAGACUCCUCACCGUUUCCUUACCGUGACAUUAAGUCAAAGCUGGGUCCAAUCUGUGUUUACGGGUUGCAAACAGACUGGCAUCCUAUUGUGUACAUGUAAAUGCCACAAUGAGAUGUUGUCUGUGUUUUGCUUUUGAUGCACAAUGCCUCUGUGACUAUGCAGGAUAUACGGGCACCCUGUAAAGUAUUUUACUUUUGUAAGCUGAGAAUGUAACAGUAGAAUGGGAAAGUUGCAAUAUAAUGUUUAUUGUAUAUUUUAAAGAUAUAAAUGAAAAGUGUUAAAAUAAAUAAAACUGCUUCA